AUGAAACUCCCGACAGCACUACUUCUAGGCCUCGUGGUCUCAGUUUCAAUCUUGAAGAUUUCCCUGGCCGAACCACCAUUUAGUGAUGUUCAGAUAGGAGAUGGGAAAUGCACGUACGGGAAUUACACCGUCGCAGAUGGCGAACGACUAAACCUGGCUGAUCCGUGCCAAAGAUGGCAUUGCGAAGUGGAAUCAAAACGAUUCAUCGUGCUGAGCUGCAUGGACGUUAUAAAACCACCCAACUGCGAGCUGGAACGAGGCACUGGAGUUUACCCCGACUGCUGUUACCGGACAGUCUGCACCUGAAUGCCCGCAUUCUGC